AAUCAUAUCGACUUGGAUAGUACGUUAGCACCACUCACACAGGCACAUAAAAAAUUUAAUCCCUCACCGGAGUUAUUAGAUAAGCAUGUGGGAGCAGCAGCUGUCAGUCAACCUUUUCCAGAUAGUGACACCGAUUCCAAUGAAGAUGAAAAUGGGAAUCCCCUUGACUUUUCCAUUGCCUUAGAGAACAUGGAGGAAUUAAUAUUAAAAUUUACACAAAGCCAACCAACAGAAGAAGAAGGAUCUAGGAUAGAUUUUCCUCAAGUGGAUGGCUCGGAUGAUUUGGUACCAAAAACUCCUACUAAAACUGGAAGUCGACUGAGAGAGGGUAACAGUAAAAAUGUGAAAACAUCCCCAUGUACGCCAAGGACCCCUAGCCGAGGGAAUCUCUCACCGAAGCGAUCACCGCGCACUCCAAAGUCGAGCGCAAGCAAGAAAUAUGCGCCAUUACCGCUAAAAAUCACUUGCAAAAAGACUGACAAGAGCGAAAAUAAGGACAAUGAAAUAACUCCAGUACGGCAUUCAGUUAUGAGAAAUUUAGAUAUCGGUUCUAGCGUCUCUAAAAGUGCGAAAAUUACUCUGAGUAAAAAGCUGGCAAUAACGGCAUUGCGUCGAAAAAGUGUCGAUUGGAGUCCAAGUACAAUGCAGCAACAGCAUAUUUCAAGAAACGAAGAAAGCGGAAGUGUGAAACGCACACCUAUUCGACGUUCUAGAAAUACUAAGGACUUAGACAGAACGCACAUUACCUGCGAGUUAACACCCCGGAGAAAAAGUGAACGGAUCUUAAAAGUCUAUAGCAUUGAAGAAGCAGUAUCGAAGGAAAUUAAACCGCCAGCCAAUCAAAUUCAAAGUAUAUGUCAGAAUUAUGAACCCAAUUCUGUUACUGAAACAUCACAUUCGAAUAGUCCGCGUGAUAUAAAAGAAACAGCUGGGCUAAAUACCACCAGAAAGAGUACACGGCUCGUUGAUGAUAGUCGAACUGUUAGCCGGUAUAGUUCUACGACUUCGCAAAUUCAACCCGGGAAUCCAUGUGUAACCGAAAGAACUCAGUCACUCAACAUUCGAAAAUGUGUAGUAAAACUUAGGAGAACUGUAAUUCAAACAAAUGGCGUUAGUCCGAAGAAUCCUGCAGCGGUAAAGAAAGUAGCUGGCAAAGGGGGCGGCAAAGAGAAACAAAUUACAAUGCUUAAACAACAGCAACCAACAAAUGGCAUUUCCAUUCCUACAGGCCAUGAAUAUAAUUUAAAAGAAAAUGACGCACAAUUGUGGCUUGAAGAGAAUACCGCAAAUCCUCUUAAUGAGUCAAACGAAAGUGACGAAAUUGCGGCAUCAGAUAUCGAGGAUGACACUAACUCAAUCGGCGCGAAACGUCUCCGGAGGAGCUUUCAUCUGGUACAGCGAAAGAAGAUGCUCAAAAACAAGGUCGUUUCAAACAAUUACAUUCAUGAACCAGCUGAAGGAGUCGAUGAAAUUAAUGAAUUUUCUGCUUCCCCAACAACGGAUGUUAGAAUUGAUGAUGACUAUGCAGACAUUGAUAACUUGCAUAUUCAAAGCUUUUAUGAUGCUUCAUUUACGGAAGACUUAAGUAGCCCACUUAAUUAUAGUGACGGCUCUAGUCACGUCAUAGAUUUGGCACGCCAAAUCCACUCAUCAAAUCAGAUAUUCAGAGAAGAGCCGAUUAACUCGCUGGAAUGUUGCCAACGUAUCGGUCACGCUAACCGUGCAGAACAAAAACUAAUAGCAACAAGUAAUAUUAAUAAGAGUAAUGUGUCACCGCUAAUAUCGGAGCCUGCAUCGAGUUUAUCGGAGCAUUUGGUACAACUUACACCUAUUCAUUUGCCACCAACUUUUGAUGAGGUAUUGGCAAGUUGUGUCAAACUGGACAUUCCUGAAUACGAAUUUCAAAGGCCCUUCUACGGCAAUCCGGACGAUAUAACACAGCUGAAGGAAGUCGGACAUAUAGUCUUGCAUAUUCCAGGUAAUCCAACAUUUUUGAAGAUAGCAAAGCCUCGUAAUCUGGUACCACUGUCGCCGAGCGUACAGCAACGCGCACACAUGAGAGCCCCUGAAUAUUUGCCUCUCAUUUUAGAACCGCAGUCGCGGUUUUACUCGGAUCCAGUCAUAGUAUUGGAUUUUCAAAGCCUCUACCCGAGCAUGAUAAUCGCUUAUAAUUACUGUUUUUCCACUUGCUUAGGACGUGUGGAACAUCUAGGACACUCUCCCCCAUUCGAAUUUGGAGCGUCACAGUUGGGCGUUUCGCCAGCAUUGUUGCGCCGUUUGGUGGAAGAUGACCUCAUUUCCAUAUCGCCCUGUGGUGUGGUGUUCGUUAAAGCCUCUGUUCGCGAGGGUAUUUUGCCGCGCAUGCUCAGUGAAAUCCUGAAUACUCGUCAAAUGGUUAAGCAAUCCAUGAAGUUGGAUAGAUCGAACUCUGCGCUACAGCGUGUACUACACUCCCGUCAGCUGGGUCUCAAACUCAUGGCGAAUGUAACUUACGGAUAUACGGCGGCUAAUUUCAGUGGCCGCAUGCCGGCUGUCGAAGUGGGUGAUUCGGUUGUUGCAAAAGGCCGCGAGACGCUAGAACGCGCCAUACGAAUGGUCGAGUCGAACGAAAAGUGGCGCGUGCGGGUCGUGUACGGUGAUACUGACUCGUUGUUUGUGCAGGUGCCUGGACGAAACCGGGAGACGGCUUUCAAAAUAGGCGAGGAAAUCGCAGAGGCGGUCACCAAAGACAACCCGCAGCCGGUCAAGUUGAAGCUGGAGAAAGUGUAUCAGCCCUGUAUACUGCAGACAAAGAAACGUUAUGUUGGCUACAUGUACGAAACAGCAGAUCAAACGGAACCCGUGUACGAGGCUAAGGGCAUUGAGACAGUGCGCCGAGACGGCUGUCCGGCUGUUGCAAAGAUGCUAGAGAAGGUAUUGCGCAUCCUAUUCGAAACGACGGAUGUGAGCCAAAUCAAACAAUAUGUUUGCCGCCAAUUUAGUAAACUGCUGGCUGGACGUGCCAAUUUGCAAGACUUAAUAUUUGCGAAGGAGUUCCGCGGAUUGAAGGGUUACAAGCCGACCGCAUGCGUGCCGGCGCUGGAAUUGACGAGAAAAUGGGUACAGAGUGAUCCGCGCCGAGUGCCGCGUUGUGGUGAGCGCGUUCCAUUCGUAAUUGUCAACGGACCACCAGGCGUACCAUUGAUACGGCUUGUGCGCAGUCCGCAUGAAGUACUCGAGGACGAAGGCUUGAAGAUCAACGCUGUUUAUUACAUUACCAAGGCUAUUAUACCUCCUCUUAAUCGCUGCCUCCUUCUCAUUGGAGCCGAUGUGAAUGAAUGGUUCGCUAGCCUACCGCGAAAACUUCUACUCGCACCACCAGUAUCCGCAGCUAAUAAACUCAAUAGUGGUAAUUAUGUGGCUACAGCGCAUCAGCCGAAGAAAAGCACAAUUUCACAGUAUUUCUCAGUUACGAAUUGUAUAACUGACUGUGGGCGCCAGACAAAGCAGGGCAUCUGUGAGGUAUGCGUACAACAACCACAACGAACAUUUGUUACGCUGCAUGCAAAAAUGGCUAAAAUUGAACGGGGUUAUCAGCUGGUGCAGCAGAUAUGUCAAGCAUGUUGCGGGCGAGUAGGAGAGUUGAAUUGCUGUUCCCUCGACUGCCCAGUAUUGUUUGUUAGUGAGGUGAAGCGGCGAGAUCUACAGCAACUCGAACAUAUGCGCAGUCUCUUAGACGAGAGGUUUUAAUUUUUAUAUGGAAUGUCGUACAUGGAUGCGUAAAAGGCAACAGGUUUGGACGCGUCACAGGUUGACCUCUUCACACUUUAUUAAAUCAAUAUCAGGUUUAAAAUUUCCAAGUA